AUGACUUCCCCUGUCCGGACUGUUCUCAUCUUGACCCUAUCCCUGCUUACCUCAGGGACUCAGGGGAGUCUUCCUAUCACUGAACAUGUUGCUGAUGACAUCGUUGACCAGUGCCAUAAGGUGGUCAUACAUGGUGUUAAGGAGGCAUCACAGAUCGCUAAGGCCACUAACACUAAUAAGGACCCGAGAUCCAUCUGGUUGGUGGGAGAUGAUCGUGGUAGCUUCUCAAAGCACAGUUGUGAGGGUGUUAAGGAUUCCCCUAGGAAGGACACUGAGGAGUCGGCCUAUAAAGUGUCGACCGUUUGUGAUGCCCAUCCAACUAGCCUCUAUUUCGAGCAUGAAUACGAUGCUCUGAUGUUCGCUGUUAAUUGGGGAGGCCUGGAGACGUUUACGGUAUCCCCGGAAGUAGUCGGCGACGCCUGGGUAGAGGAGAACCCCUUCUCCACAUGGUGGGCCGUGAAGCAAGACCUAGGCCUUUCCUACGUUCGUUACAAGAAUGGAGUUCCCAAACUACGAAGGAUAACUCUGGGGGAUUUCAAGCUCUACUGUGGAGUGGUUCGUUCCGGACCGAUCGAAGCCAGCGGUCGCUUUGAGUUGGAGCUCACCUGCACGCACGAAAAGAAAAUGAGCAAAACCUUCAACUUGCUGUUCAAGGAAAGAUCGACUGCAAUGAUGUUCGCUGCCAACUGGGGUGGAUACACUCUAGGGGUGCCAAUAAGCUCCUCUGAGUUGGACGGCUCAGAUGUGGCCUCUGCUGAGGUUCGCAUCAAUCCUUCCACUGAGAUGGCUACUGAACGUAUACUCACUAUGAAGUCUGGCGAGAAGCACUUGUGUGCGGGAGUGACCGACAUCGAUGGUAAAACGGUGAAGGCCUCGUGUGCCACGACGGAAAUCGACAUCAAUUUCGCUACGGAGCAAAAGGCUGAGAAGUUUGCCGCUGAAUGGGGCGGAUUCAGCGAGGUUGCGGCGGAUUUGAUAUCGAGAAGUUCGGGUGUCCACUCGGGAGAGUUCAGUGGGGCGCUCCUUCGCGCCACUUCUGACGUUUGCGAUUUGGGGAAGAGGAUUGUACGUGGACGUAUCGAGGUUGAAGGCCUGAACGGUCGCAUCAGAUGUGACCGCGUCAGUGAGCCCGUCAACUACGAUAGCAACAGCGACACCUACGUCGUGAAUGCCAAAUGCCAAGGGAAGACGGUUGGUAUCAGAUUCAAGGAGGAGGAUGACGCCUGGAGGUUCUCAUCGGAAUGGUCACAUUUCAGAGCUGAUGUGUCUGUCAAUCUAGCCUUGAUAACACCGUCUCUUCGGGUCGAGAUAAGACCCUCCACGACAACUGAAUCGGCAUCUAAGUACGCACUGGUAGCAGCCACUCGAGAGCGGUUCACUAGAGAGGAUCGUGUUGGGCCUGAGGGCACGAAAACGGAGGAGAAGAUUUGGUACGCCUGUAGGAAGGUUUGGACAGUUGCUCAGUUGAAGUCAAGUGAGCACGCGGUUCGCACAAGAUGCGGCCUCUCAUUUCGGGGUGAUACUCCUACGAUGGAAGAGCGCACUGAUGAGGUUGAUAUCAUAUUUGACAGGGAGAAAGACGCGAAGGAGUUUGCCCAGCAGUGGGGACAGUACGUUGCGGUGGAUCUGGAGCACCUCGAGGGCGCUGAUCUCGGUGGUCGUGGUGUUGUUGAAAGAGUUGAUACAGCUGCAGUGUUCAAGGAUACGUUUUCUGGAGCUGUGGUUGGGAGAAUCUUCACUAUAAGCGGUUCGGCUUACUUCUGCGGGUCUUUGAAGGAGGAGACAGGCGUGUCGAUGGUCUACAAGGAAGAACGUUAUUACCUCACUUUGAGAUGCUCCACCGAUGAGCGCCUGGAGAGUACCAUAGAGGUGAAGUUGGUUUUCAAAACGAUCACGGCGUGUAUAACUUUUGGAAUCAUUUGGGCCCAACUAGAGAACCCAGUGGUGGAGAUGGACGGCAGUUUGCUGAGGCAGGCGUAUGCCACAGUGCAGGGGAGUAACCUCCGUCUCGGAACACCAAGACAGAUACUGGCCGCUAAAGUGCAAUAUAAUAUCAACGCUGAUGUCUUGAGGAGAACUCUGGAGGUUGAGGAUGGAAUUGGGAAAGUUAUGGUACAUGUGUGCGCGCCACUUACGGCUGAUAUUGCGAAUAGAAAUGGUGGAUACGUGGUUAGGGCGGCUUGUGAUGAACAAGAUGCUACUAUAAAGCACGACGAUGCUGAUCUUGUGAAGGAGUUUGCUUACCGUUGGGGGGGUCUUGAAGAUCCUCAGAUUAGAAUUGAUAACGACUUUAUUGAUUCUUGUCGAAAUGUGGUGAUGGGCACUAACUCUGCGGUUCACACGCUGGAGCAGGCCUGGGUUGAUCAUGUGGGUAGAGGGAGUGCAUCUACUAUGAUGGUUGCUAGACGCUAUAUUAAAGUAAGUUUAACAGGAGGGGGAGUUGACAUUGGUGUGGUAUGGCUAGGUGCGGCAGCAGACUAG